GAAGUUCAGUGUCGUCAUUUAUUGGUAACGGAGCAGGUGAAAGCCUGAGUAGCAAUACUUCGUCACACCUUGGCCAACCCAGUACGUAUCAAAUGAUCCCCGAGCUACCAAAUGACAAUCAGAUGAGCAGUAUUGACCUGCCCAGGGUUGUCAUCACCCCGGAUAGUCCCCCGGUGGUCCCACCCCCCAUGUUUACUGACAACGCCUUGACGGAUUUGCAAGACAACGAUAUCAUGAUCCUCGGUCGGACCUCAAGUGUGUCUGCGGCAUUGUUUGACUUCGAUCCCGGACCCCAUCCCAACGACAAUGAGGAAGACAUGCUCGAUGAUAAUAAUAAUGAUAAUAACGAAAACAACCACCACAGCAACAACAACAACGAAAACAACGAGAUCGACGCGGUUCACCUGAACAACGAGGACGUGGAGAAUAGUAGUCAAAGCGGGCAGAGCAUGUGCUCGCUAAGUACGGCAACAUUGUCCCAUGGUGAGGUGAAGGUGUUGAGCCGUAACGAUCUGGAUGAGGUGGUUCCAUUGGUCACCACUUCCUUCACCACACUGAGAUGCAAUUCGAUUACGGUGAGCCCAACCGAGUUCCCAUGCGUGAUGGAGCGUCGCCAAUCCACCACCUCGACCUAUUUCUACCCACCUAAAUCGUCAUCGGGUUCCAUGAAUUCACAUCGGCAAUCCAAUGAUUGCCCCGAGAACCCGUUCCGCAAGCUCUUCGCCCGGAGGAAGGAGUUCUAUCAAACAAUGAGUGAUAUUAACAAGACGGGUCCAAGCUCCUCCGCUUCAUCCAGUGUCAAUCGGAUGCUUCUCAAAAAGCGUCAUUGCACUCUUUGCUGUUCGGAGAGUCGAUCAUGUGGCAAUCCAGUGGCGUCCAAACCCAAAGAAAUGGGUUUGAUCAAGUCCAAUACAGAGCCAAUCAUUCCAAGGCUGUCGCCCAGUUCGAGCCGAAUCACGCUCAACGCCCACAUUCAGCCAUUCGCGCCCUUCAAGAUCAGUCAUGACUUGGGAGCGGACAUCCCGGCGGAAUUGACGUUGGAUAACUCAAAUGUGAUCACCACCGACUCCUCGCCGAGUGACUUGGUCAAGAUUCUCCAAGGCGGUUCGGGUCUGGAGUUGAGUGCCGAUGGAAAGGAAUUGCGCUAUGCCACGAGCGCCAUCAAUUCCGAGGAUGGCAUGGAAUCCCAUUUGGAGGUGUCAUUGGGUAAAGAUGGGGGAGUGAUAACCACUCGUCACAAGCGACUCGGCUCUCCCUCGGAAAUAUCCAACAACUCCGUGGUUCAAGUCCAAUAUGAUGAAGAUGGUGGGAAGAUCUUGAAUAUCCAGCAUACUCAGCAGAAAAAGACCUCUCGGCCCAAUUCCUUAAAUCUGGCCUCCUUAGGCAACGUCAAGAUGCCACCAGCAUCCGAGGAAGAACAAUCCAAUCAUCACCCUCAUCGCUCAAGGCCAAGUUCCACGUACUGUGGAGGUCGGAACACAUUCUCAGCAUUGGAUCAUCUACUCAACAGCAGUGAGAAACACGUGGCGUCGUCAUUUGUGGCACCAUUACACAAUUCAUUGCCUAACAUGUACCAUAACCGACCCUACCCCAAAUUGGGCGGGGGCCAGCCCGAUUAUGGAACGGGCACUUCCCUCCUCUACAAUUCUCACCCUGCGGACGAAGAGAAACGAUUGGCGUUCACUCGGGCUCUAUUGUCACACCAAAUGGAGCAACGCUUAAAAUUGGAACAAGAGUUGCGCCAACGGGCGGAAAUUUUGGAACGUGUCAAAGGAGAGGUGGAGGAACUCGAGUACAAACUUAGACAAAAGGAGAUGAUUGAGCACGCCAAUCAUCGAUCCGUGGGACACGCUGAUUACCUGCCCAAUUUGCGCACUUCCAAGCCUUCUUCGUACAAGGUGUCCAUGGGUGACAUUCAGCGCGAUGUCAACAAUCUGCAAGCCUCCUGUGAUAAAAUGGUCGCCGAAGUCACAAAGCUAACCAAAGGACAAGUUCCUUUGGGAGAGACAAGCAUAGAAUUCUACGAGUCACUCAAGAAUUUUGGAAAUGCAGACACAGCUCCAUCCUCGGCUGGGCCCCAGCGAGAUCUUCUUCCGGACCUUGGGGCAGGUGCCGAGGGCCCCCAAUGGUCAUGCUCGGAAUGUACGUUUCUCAACCAUCCAGCCUUGGAUCAUUGCGAGGAAUGUGAAAUGCCCCGGAUCGCCAUAGGUCUUCAAAUCAAUGGAGGGGUUCCCCAUCCUCAUCCUGUCUCUCAUCAUCAGCACCAACAACAGCUUCCAGUUCCGCCCAUUAUCACAGUAUCGACCACUCAAUCUCUGUGAGCACGGAGGAAUCCCGAGCACGACGUCAUCAUCCAACACGACCGUUUGACUUUUGUAUGUCUGCAUGUCUGUCUGUCUCACGGACUGAAAGAGGGUUAAUCAAUCAAUGCUUGUUGCUGGAUAUACUACGUAAAGUAGAUUAGUUCUUUAUUGACAAGAAUAAUACAAUCUGACAAUUGAAGAAAUACCAA